AAGUGAUGGAAAAUUCAGUUCAAUGUAUAUAAUUUUUGCACAUGCUUUUCAAUUUCAAAUACAAUGUACAGUAAUUUACUUAUUAUUUUCCAGUCCUCAAAACCCCUUCUGAUGGCAGUCCGAGGAGUGGUUUUUGAUGUCUCAUCAGGAAAAGAUUUUUAUGGCAAAGGUGCAGGAUAUUCUAUUCUUGCUGCUAAAGAUGCAAGCUAUGCAAUAGCAAAAUGGUCAUUGGAGGAGAAAGACAUGCAUCAUGACCUGAGUUCUCUAUCUGACCAUGAACUAGAAGGACUAGAUAAAGUUUUCCUGGAGACAUACAAGAAAAAAUACCCAGUGGUAGGUUACAUGGACUAUCUGAUAGAAGAACAUGGGAAGAAGGUGGAGGACAGAUUCCAAGGAGAGCUAUGAUUUUUUCCUUGAUGUUGAAGAAAGUCGAUUAUAAGUCCAACGGGUGCUAUAGAGAAGAGUUGGUUGUGAUAACUGCAAUGUGCCUCAGCAAUAUGAAUUGUUAUAAAAUUUGUUAGCAUUAUUUUUGUUAAAAAAUUGCACUAAUGAACUACUUAAAAGAAUUUUACAUGUUACCGGUAUCUGAUUUGAUAUGCUCAUAUAAAUUAUUGACAAAGUCACUUUAAUGUAGAUUUAUUUUAUAUUACUCAGAAUCUUCAUAUCACAUGUAUCUCCUUUUGUGAAUCAUAUCUUUUUCUUCCAUUUAAACACUUAAUUAACCAGUGAUAUUGUACCUUGAAAUUGUUCACUUACCAUGAUAUAAAGAUUUUGGGGAUUUUUGUUUAUACAUGUCGUACAUGUAAGUAAAGAAGUCACUGCAUUUAUGUACAUUUGAGAAAUCACAUUCCAUUAAAUUUAAGCUACACAAAGUAUGCAAACCAAACAAGAACAUGUCAUUCUUUUUGAUAUAUUUAUAUAAAUAUACUUAUAUGUACAUAUCUAUUUGGAAAGUAAGUUUUUUUUUCAUAUGAAUUAUGAAUAAAAUGGUCAUAUAAAAUUUACUGUAAAUGUAU